AUGAAAGGCUCGGCGAAGGUUUCGCGGAAGACGCAGGAGAAGAAGGACGAGGAGAUCGAGCAGCGCGAGUUGAUAACCGCCGUCGAUUUCACCGGCUUGGUAGCUAAGGACGAGUCCAAGUCGAAGCGCGGGCCGAAGAUAAUUUCUCCGCUAGAGGACACGUGGAAGCCGGAGAAGCGGAUGAAGAGUGUAAAUCCGGAAAUGGAGGAGAUUAUGGGAGGUCCGGAAAAUAAGUUCGAUAUGGGUACUGCGGGAUCCUUACCUGGAGGGGAAGGAAAAGAGAAUGCUGAUGGAGCGGACGAAGCUUCUGGCGGCGUUCGAUACGGAGCUACUCCAAAGCUGCUGGAAAAUAACAAGAAGCUGAUUAAGCCCGGGGAGACCCGAGGGCCCAAGCCGGACCUGGUAGCUUCGGUCGGACCAGACGGGAAGGUUCGGCAUGUGAAGCCGAUUUCGGAGAAGCUAGUGGAGAGGGUGAGGCCUGGGCCGGCCAAGGGGAAGGUGAUGAGGAUAGUAGAGGGACGGCAUGAGGGGUUGACAGGGGAAGUACUUGAAGUGGUGGAGUUGGGAGAAGGGAAAGGGGUUCAGGUCAGGCUGGUGCUUGUGAGUAGUGAGGAGGUGAUUGUAGUGAAGGGGAAGGAGGUGGCGGAUUUGGGAUCGUGGGAGGAAGAACAGGCGAUGAAGAGGAUACGAGGUGAGGGGGCUGGGGAUGGGGAAAAGAGGAAGGUGAAAGAGAAUGAUCAUGCGGGGAGGAGGAAGGCAUUGGAAAUGGAGGAGAGAGAGGAGGGAGAGAGGAACAGAGGGAGAAGGGAGGGAGGGAGAGAGGCUGAGAAGCGCAUUGAGAAAGAGAAAGAUGAUGGGUCUGUGGCCAGGGACAGAGACAGGGAGCGGGAGGGGGGAAAGGACAGAGAAAGAGGUGGUGAAUCGGAUAGACAUGAAGGCAAGGAGAGAGAGAGAGAAAGGGACAGAGUGAAUGAGCGAGACAGGAUCAGGGACAGCGACAGGGAUAGGAACAGGGACAGUGAGAGGGGGGAUGGCCGUGAAAGGAGAAUGGACAAGGAGAAGAGCAGCAGGAAAGAAGACAAGCGUGAACAGGCUUCAACUAGGCACCGGGCCGUACGGGAACCAUCCCUCUCACCUCCUCCUCCUCCCCGUCGGCGACCGUGGUUGAUGCCGCAUAUCCGAGUGCGCAUUGUGGAUAAGCGCAUACAUGGGGGGGGGCUUUACUUGAAGAAGGGGACAAUUGUCGAUGUUGUCACGCCAACGACGUGUGACGUGCUGCUGGAUUCCGGGUCAUCAGAAGCUGGUGAAAGAAGUGGGAAUGGGGUCAGCAGCAGAGGCAACUUGGUCCAGGGAUUGAAAGAGAAGGAUAUGGAAACAGCUUUGCCGAAGAAAGGUGGCCGCGUUAUGAUUCUUCGUGGCGCUAAUCGAGGGCAGGUUGGGAAGCUUUUGGAGAGGAGAGGAGAGGAAGGUGUGGCUGUGGUCCAGUUGGCAGAGUCAUUCGCUUUGGAGCGACUGGCAAUGGAUGAUGUGGCAGAGUAUGUUGGGGAGCUGGGCAGCUAUGAGGGGUAA